AAAUACGUUUUUAUUUUUUCAAUUCAAAACAUGCAGAAUUUUGUUAAUCCAGAGGAACUUGACUAUUUUGUAGAAAGCUUACGCCCGUUUCCAGUACGAGAAGUUGGAAAUGCAAAAUGGCUGGAAGUACAUGAAAUGAUUAUCAAACUAAGCCAACAAGCAACGCUUGAGGCAAUCGAACACCGAGAGGAAGAGGUUCGAGAAUUUCUGUGUAUGGCACAUAAGCUAAAUGUGCUUGUUCAUGAGGCAUACUGUAUUUUUUUGUGGAAGACUCGGGUUCUGCCACACUUGCUAGAAAUUGAUCCCAAUCCACAAGCAACUUUUUUGAUUUAUACGGUACUAUUUCAUGAAGCAGCGGUUAUAUCCCUACUAGAUACGACUCUAUUUCAUAGCAGUGCUUGUGAAGUUUUAAAGGACUCUGCAAUCGACCUAGUUGAUUACUGUGCACAAGGUGUGGCUCAACUUAUUGGUUUAGUCAGCAUGGGUUAUCAUGAAAAUGAGACCAAUCUAGAUGUUGAUGAGGCAGUCCUAACUGAACUAGAGCGCCAGAAACGUGAUAUUAUAUAUAAAAUUGGUCUGCGCUGUAUUUCAAUUUUAAACUAUUUGGCUGACAACACUGUAUCACUGCCUUUAAGUGCUACACGUCGUAUGGUUGUUACUCAUGAUGUUCCUUGGCUAAUGACUGAAGUCUUACAUUUUCGUCCCUGGCAGAAACAAACCAAAAAUGGUGUACAGAAAAUUAUAGAUGACAAAUGGAAGCCUAUACCAAUCGCUGAUAUGAGCGAGGUAACUAAACACGAAGCGCAUGCAUGGUUUUGUCUAAGACAGCUGUUGUUUAACAAAGCCAUAAUGCAAAAUUAUGAAUUCAAUAGUGAAAGAUGUAAGCAGUUAUCCAAGUGCCAAGGUUUGCUGAAUGAUAUCGUACUUGAUCAACUACCACCUCUCAUCGAACUUAAACAAUUCCUUUGCCAGCUAAGUGUUACAGCUGUAUCCAAUGACAGUAAAUCGAACUUAUUAUUGGAGGAGGUACCUGAAAUAUGUGAAAACCUUAUCAAGGAAUCGGAGCAUGAUGGAGGUUUUUUAGCCAUAGCUCAGGCUCAAGAAAACAUAUUUUUAUGUAAUGAUAAAAACAAAAUAAUGGAAAUGGCUAAAUGUCUAUCGAAUGCCUACAGCACAGAUUUACUAGUUGAAUAUGAGCAGAGGAUCGAAGAAACCGAAAAACAUGGAGAUAACAUUACACUUGAUACUCGCAAUGAUGCAGAUAUUUCCGAAAAUAAAUUGUCAUUAUUCUGCGCCAAAUGCGCUGGUCACGCUACAAAAAAAUGCGGCAAAUGCAAGAACGCCUACUACUGCUCGCGGGCGUGCCAGCAGGCGGAUUGGCCAAAUCAUAAAGGCACUUGUGUGGAGAAAAACUAACAACGUGGUGCGAUGUUUUUUAAAAUUUCAAUA